AUGGGUGGCGGCGGUGGCCCGAUGCAUGGUGGUUACCGGGGAGAACACGUCGAGCACCACAGCACCAAGGGGAAAGGGUCGAAUUACGGCCGACAAGAGAAUGGUCAACUCAUUCUUCUUCCGGAUACGAUGUUGGCGACUGUGUUUCCUUUUUCUCCAUCGAAGUCUUCGUUCAGUCUUCGGACUGUCCCUUCUCUCUUCAUCUAUCUCACGGGGAAUUUAUUUGAGGCUUGUUCCCCGAGAUCAUUAUGUGAAUCACCAAAUGUAUGUCGGCACUCGAUUUGUCUGCCUAAAGAGGCUCCCACUCCAGUCUUGGAUAUGGGGAUUUUCCCGAAUGGAGACGCACAAAGGACUCUUCAAAUCCUCGAAGAGAUCACUCGAGCAGCACAACAACAACUUGCCGGUGAAAUCGAUAAAGAUCAACUGGCUCAAGCCUUGGAAACCGUCAUCAAUCAGAUCAAUGCGACAGCCACGACAACCGCUCUUCCAGUUCCCUCUACAGUAAAACCCGCGAAUAGCCUUAAACCAAUGGAAUCAAUUGUCGCUUGUCAACCGGCUUGCAUUGGGACAGCCAGAUGUGUUGCCAAUCAAUGCGUCUGUUUUGUGCCAAACUACGUCUAUUUGUCGACCUAUGGUUGUGUCUCGCAAGGAUUCUCGACUCUCCUCAAUUCAAUCCCAACUCCAUCACUUCCAUAUCCUUUCAUUCCAGGAAUUUUACCCGAACAAGGCCGAAGAACUAACAUUAUGCUUUUACCGAAUCCCGGCUUGCCGGAUUAUCAAAGCGCUCGCUUUGUGGCCCCAAUUCCGCCAACAAUACCACAUGGCUUCAUGAGGCCACAGGCUUUCCCCGGAGAAUCGUGCUCUUUGGCGGGUACUGAGUGCACUGGUGGCUCUCAAUGCACAUUUGGCUACUGUAUUUGCCCUCCACAAUUGAUCCUUGCUGGAAGCGUUUGUGUGUUGCCACCUUCAAUUAAUCCAUUUCUUUCCGGAUACCCGAGCUUUUUGAAGAAUCGAUUG